AUGGCGACGAUGGCUGACACAAUGAUUUUCUCCCUGGCUUCGGUGGGAGAUCCCAUCCGUGUUCUCGGACGGGGCGCUUUUGGUGAGGUGUUUCUGGUGCGGACAGCCUCGCCACGCUCGCCACGGGGGUCCCACCUGGCACUGAAGCGGGUUCGCCUGAAAAUGUCGGAAGCCGGCUGGAGCAAAGCCGUGCUUGAAGCAGAGCUUCUAUCGAAACUAAGCAAGGAGAGCCCAUACAUCCUUCAGUGUUACGAUUUCCGCAUGUUGCAAGAACCAGUACCCUCCCUGGAGCUCUUGCUGGAGUUCGCGGCGCUGGGUGAUCUUUGCCGACGGCUUCGACAGUGCAAAGAGGCUGGCUGCCGACUGCCUCAGCCGGAGAUGUUGAACUACACCCUGGAUGUUGCGCAGGGUUUGGCCUUCUUGCACGGACUUCGGCCCAAAGUUUUUCACCGCGACGUUAAACCAGCUAACAUUAUGUUGUGCCAUUCGACGAGGAUUGACACGCCCCAAGCCAAGCUGGCGGACUUUGGAGUCGCCAAGGUCCUGGAAUCGGAGGCUUCAACUGCCGGAACCGAAACAUUCAUUGGAACGCCACAUUAUCUAUCUCCUGAAGUUUUUCGUGGUGAAGUCUAUGACGAAAGGGCGGACUCUUGGGCACUCGGGUGUGUGAUUUACGAAAUGCUGUGCCAAGUCGACCUUUUCAUCGAUUUGAGAGCAAUGUCGCGCUCCUUUCCUUGCGAAUAUCGCAGGGAGAUUAUGACCGUGACCUGCUUUGGCAACAGUCGCACCAACACCCGGAGACGCUUCUGCAACUGGUAA